AUGGACAAAUAUAUUUUAAUUUAUCAUUUAGAAACUUCAAACUCAUCAGAAAGUUCUAAAAAUUAUUCUGAUAAGAAAGAUAUUUCUGAGAUAUGCACAGCAUUCAAAAGUUAUUAUCUUAAAAAUUAUGGGAAAAUCAAUGAAGUUCAACCACCACUAAAAACACCUGUAAAUGUUGAUCUGGUGCAAAAAUUUGUUGAUCUAUGUAUCGUUGAUGCAGGUAAUACUCAAAUAGAUGCUAUAUAUAAUGAUGAACGAAAGAAAUUUCUUGAAAAGCAAUUGCGUUAUACACCAAUUCCAUAUAGUGAAAUAUUUAUUAGAGAGAAAUCUGUAACAUUAAUAUCUGGAAUAGCUGGUAUUGGGAAAACAUGGUUGCUUAGAAAAUGUUUGCUUGAUUGGUCAAACAAUUUAAUUUGGAAAAAUGUUAAACUUGUAUUCUAUUUGGAAUGCAGGAGGCUGAAUCAACAUCAAAAUAUUUCUGAUAUUAAUGAAUUACUUAAUGUUUUCUUCAAAGAUGUUAUAAAUGAUUUUAAUAUUAGUAACCAUCCUGCGCUGUUUAUAAUUGAUGGAUUAGACGAGUUUAGAUAUUUGAAUGAUUUAAUAAAUCCAAGUUCGAGUUGUAACUAUCCAAUUGUUAAUGCUUUAAAAGAAAUUCAAAAAUACAAAUAUGUAGUUUCUGGUAGAGUUUAUGCAAUUGAUCAAUACCAAAAUAUAUCAACAGAGAAUAAUGAUAAAAUAACCAUUCAAAUAAUGGGAUUUAAUGAAAAUGGAAUAAAUAAUUACAUAGAAAAAAAUGUUUUAGAGAAAAAAAAAGAUGUUGUGAAAGCAACUUUAAAAGAAUCUCCGAUUGCAAAAUCCAUGUCAUCUGUUCCAUUUUAUUUAUCUUCCAUGUGUAAGAUUAUUAGUGGUUCAAAAAAUGUAGAUAAUUCUUUUUUAACAAUGACAGAUUUGUAUGCAAAUAUUUUUCUAUACUUUUUUCAAAAACACAUCAUCAAAAGCAAUGAUUUAAUCUAUCAGAUAAUGGAAAACAAUUCCAAUAAAAAAUAUAUUUUAAGUAUUUGUAAAAUUGCAUAUCAAUUGUUUGUUGAAAAUAAAGUAAUUUUUUCUAAAGAAGACAUUCAAACUUUUAUCAAUGAUUUUAAUGAAAAUAAAGACAACUUUUUUGGAUUUAUAGAAAGGAUUGAAACGAAUCUAGGUUAUUAUUAUCAAUUUGCACAUUUAACAAUUAUGGAGUUUUGUGUAUCUGUAUAUGCAUAUAAUUGUUUAAGUAGUAAAGAGAUUAUAGCUGAUAAAAAGUUGGAGAAUUGUUUAUCAAUGAUUUGUGGAUUAACCAAUAAAAGACAAAAUAGUUUAAUAAAGUUUCUUGUUAACCUGGAUGUUUCAAAAAAAACUUUAUUUUCUAAAAUGAUUUUGUUUUCUAAACGUAAUUCUUCAAAAAAAGCUUAUGAAGAUCCUUUGUUUUUGUUUUCUAUUUUAGUUUACAAGCAAAGUCCAACGACGAAAAUUACGAGCGAAGAACGUAUAUCAGGCGGCAUAUCAGAAUUUUGUAAAAUUUGAACGAUUUGGAGCAACUGAUGCAAUUGUUCUAAACUUUCUACAAAUUUGAUUGGUUAUAAAUAACAUUUCUUAUCUUUUUUGUAAAGUUUUUUGCGGAAGU